UUUAGAAAAAGCCAAUCUAUUUCUUUGGUCAGUUUCAGUUUUUUCCCCAUGCCAUCUCUUGUUAGGACAUUUGUUCCAUGUGAAUGUAUAAGGUCUAAAAGUGGAUUAUUUGAUUUUUCUGGUUUAAUGUUUAUUUUAAAUAUUCUAUUUGUUUGCCCCCUUUAAAUUUUAAUUUCCUUUGUUUUUUAUUUCUCCUUUGAUUUCUAGGCCGAAGAUGAAUUUGUGGCUUCAAUGAGUUUACAAAAAGACCCCAUAAGAAAAUAUAAUUUUGUUGGGCAUAUACUUUGUGGUGAUUUUAAUAUUGAACCUACUUUUUUGAUGGAACAAAAAGCUGAAUUGCGAGCAAUUUUUAGUAGUACUAUGGCGUUGAGACCGACUUCUAAUUCGAUUCCUAUGACUCCGCCAUCAGGUACCAGUAUACCUCUUGCAUUGAUGAAAAUGACCAAAAAUUGUGAACUUGUUGAUUCAAAAGAUCUUGUUGAUCCUCAAUUAUUUGUUGUUAAACUAAACGCUACUGACUUUCUAUCUCACGACUUUUCGUUUGCUUCAGUCUAUGAACAUUUUAAUGCUGCUGGAGAGCCAGAAAUCUCCAGUUAUCAUAUGGAAGAAUCUACCCCAGAUUUCAUUUUGUAUACAAUUCCAAAAAAUACUCAAAAAUUCGAGCAAGAUGCUUCUACCAGCGCUGAUUCUUCUCAACAACAAAAACAACUUGCAAUCGAAGGAUUUAUUCAAUUGAGAAAACGCCUUUCACUUCCAACUUUAAAAGAAUUGGAAAAAGCUUGUGGAAGACUUCCAAAUGAACAAUACGGUUCUGAUCAUCUUUUAUUAUGUGCAGAAUUUGAUAUUCUUUGCCCUAUAAUUAAGCCUUGA